AUGGUUGCUUAUGCCCACCAUGACCCUGAUCAUCCCCAACACCCUCACCAAUCUGUGAAACAAGGGUACCCAUUUGCCACCAAGUCCAAACAAAUAGCUCUAAGUGAUGAUGAUGAGCCUGGGUUUGGUGCUGAUGACAACAGCAAUGGGGAUAACAAGAGGAAAAUAUCACCAUGGCAGAGAAUGAAGUGGACUGAUACCAUGGUCAGGCUUCUAAUUAUGGCUGUUUUUUACAUUGGCGAUGAGGGUGGGUCUGAAGGUACUGAUCCCACAGGAAAGAAGAAGUCUGUCGGAGGAUUGCUGCAGAAAAAAGGGAAAUGGAAAUCGGUGUCUCGGGCUAUGAUGGAGAAGGGUUUCUAUGUCUCUCCUCAGCAAUGUGAGGACAAGUUCAAUGACUUGAACAAGAGGUACAAGAGGGUGAAUGAUAUACUUGGCAAGGGGACAGCUUGCCGGGUUGUGGAGAAUCAGGGUUUGUUGGAAAAAAUGGAUUUGUCACCGAAGAUGAAGGAAGAAGUUCGUAAAUUGCUGAAUUCCAAGCACCUAUUUUUCAGAGAAAUGUGUGCAUAUCAUAACAGUUGUGGUCAUGGCACUGUUGGUGGGGUGUCUAAUGGUGCACAUAACUCCCCACCAGAGGGUGCCACAGAACCAUCUGAGAUUACAGCGCAUCAGCAGCAGCCCCAGCAACAGAGGUGCUUUCAUUCAUCAGAAAAUGCUCAUGUUGUUGCCAAUUCAGGCAGGUCAGAGACUGAGGCAUCUAAAAUGGCGAAAGGGGGAAGUGGAGGUGAGGACGAAGAUGAAGACUAUGAAGACGAUGAUUCAGAAGACGAAGAUGAAGAGGAAGAAGAGGUGGUUGAAGUUGGCCCCGGCUCUAGAGGUCUAAUGGGGCAUGGACAUCAUGAAGACGACGAUGACAAUGACGACAGGGCUUCACUUAAAAGGCCAAGAAAGGAAGGUUGCUUUUCGGGGCCCUCAUCCUCCCAGUUAACUCAUCAAUUGGGCUGUGAAGUGAGGGGUGUGCUGCAAGAUGUGUCAAAGAGCCCUUGGGAGAAGAAGCAGUGGUUGAAGACAAGGCUAAUACAAUUGGAGGAGCAACAAGUGAACUACCAAUACCAAGCUUUUGAGCUUGAAAAGCAAAGGCUCAAGUGGAUCAAGUUUAGUGGCAAGAAGGAAAGAGAUAUGGAGAGAGCUAAGCUUGAGAAUGAGAGAAGAAGGCUUGAGAAUGAGAGAAUGUUGUUGCUGGUGCGCAAGAAGGAGCUUGAGUUGCUUGAGCUUCAUCACCAGCAGCAGCAGCAACAACAAAAUUCUUCAAACAAGAGAAGUGACCCAUCCUCCCUCACUGGAUAG